CCCCAAAACAAGUCAAUAGAACAGGACACUCAUAAAAUGUGCAUUACAGCUCCCUGCGGGUAUAUCACGUGAUUUCCAGACAUUUAAACGCCCGAUAGGUUUUACCAUAUAUGGUAAUCUUCCAGGUGAACUUGUGUCUCGGCUUAUAUUUAGGAACGCGCACCGGCUGGCUUUCUCAUUCAGAUCAACACGUACACUGAGUGUAGGAAGAAUAUUCAAAAGUAACAGAAAAAAAUGGGUGACGAAGACGUUGCAGCUUUAGUUAUUGAUAAUGGAUCCGGAAUGUGCAAGGCCGGAUUCGCCGGAGACGAUGCCCCCAGGGCCGUGUUCCCCUCCAUUGUUGGACGACCCAGACAUCAGGGUGUAAUGGUUGGUAUGGGUCAGAAAGACAGCUAUGUAGGAGACGAGGCUCAGAGCAAGAGAGGAAUCCUCACUCUCAAGUACCCCAUUGAACACGGUAUCGUCACCAACUGGGACGAUAUGGAGAAGAUCUGGCAUCACACCUUCUACAAUGAACUCCGUGUAGCCCCAGAGGAACAUCCCGUCCUCCUGACCGAGGCCCCACUUAACCCCAAGGCCAACAGAGAAAAGAUGACACAGAUCAUGUUCGAAACCUUCAACUCUCCCGCCAUGUACGUCGCUAUCCAGGCCGUACUUUCCCUGUACGCUUCCGGUCGUACAACUGGUAUUGUACUGGAUUCCGGAGACGGAGUAUCUCACACAGUACCCAUCUAUGAAGGUUACGCCCUUCCCCACGCCAUCAUGCGAUUGGAUCUUGCUGGACGUGAUCUGACCGAUUACCUCAUGAAAAUCCUCACAGAACGCGGUUACUCCUUCACAACCACAGCUGAAAGAGAAAUCGUCAGAGACAUUAAAGAGAAAUUGUGCUAUGUUGCUUUGGACUUCGAACAGGAGAUGGGCACUGCUGCAUCCUCAUCGUCCCUGGAGAAGAGUUAUGAACUUCCUGAUGGUCAGGUUAUCACCAUUGGAAACGAGCGAUUCAGGUGCCCAGAGGCAACGUUCCAGCCAUCUUUCCUUGGAAUGGAAUCUUCCGGUAUCCAUGAAACCACAUACAACAGUAUCAUGAAGUGUGAUGUUGAUAUCCGUAAAGACUUGUACGCAAACACAGUAUUAUCUGGUGGUUCAACCAUGUACCCUGGUAUUGCUGACCGUAUGCAGAAAGAAAUCACAGCUUUAGCUCCUAGCACAAUGAAAAUUAAGAUCAUUGCCCCACCAGAGAGGAAAUACUCCGUCUGGAUCGGUGGUUCCAUCCUUGCUUCUCUCUCCACCUUCCAACAGAUGUGGAUCAGCAAACAGGAAUACGAUGAAUCUGGUCCAUCCAUUGUCCACAGGAAGUGCUUUUAAGUACUGUUCGUUCUAAGGAUUGCAUAACACGGAAAAUUUCAUAUACUGAGAUCAAAAACAUUUCAUCCAUUAUACAUUUUUUUUAUACUCUGUUAUACACUUUAUAUGAUUGUUACUUACAAUGUAAUAAAUUGUUAAGACAAGAA